AUUAUAAAUCACAAAUUUCCAUUUAAUAUUCCCAAACACAGCACUAAGUACUGUAAGUACAGUAAAAAAAUCCAUUCCCACCAAUCCCUCACCCCUAACCAAUUGAAUUAUUGACCUAUUCAGGUUGGGCAUGCCUUGUUCCAAUGGUGCAUAUGUUAUGUUUAGGGGUUAACCAGCUUCUUCCCUGUCCUUUUCAAUCCUAAAAUCAUGAGAAACCGUGGCACCUCUUCUUUCGCUUUCUUUCCCAUUUUUCUUCUCCUGCUCGCGAUACUUGCCGAGAAUGGCAGAUUCGCUGAGGGAGGGAAGCGGACGAUCCACAUUCCCGACGACCUCGACGAUGUGAUUGACGAUGAGGAAGACGAUGCUUGGAAGGAAUGGGGCAAAAAGUCGGCCCCGCCGCCGGAGUUCGAUCCGCCGCCGGCCGAUUUUUCGGGGAUGGAUGUGUCUGAGAUUCAGGAUGAAAUGAUGAAGCGACACACCGGCCCAUCCUUCGGGUUCGUUAAGCUUCGAUUGGGCGUUCGGCGUACUCCGGACAUGGUAGCUGAGAUUGCUACAAAAUGGACGCAAGUCCUGCGCACAGGAUCUAUUUUGGCCAAGUUUAUGGGUGUUGAUAUGAGCACAGUCAUGUUCACCAUGGAAAGAGGGCAAGACCUACAAGAGUUGAAAGAAUUUAUAUUGAAUCAACCAGAGGCUUAUGAAAUAAAGAUUGGGGAUGGAGUUUUUCGAAGACCCGGAGAUCCUCCCCUCGAGGAAGUUAUUGAAAAGCUGCAAAGUCAGAAAAACAAAGCUGAUGAUGCUAGCACCAUGGAGCAGAAUACACGUAAAAAAGAUGAAUUGUAGUUGACACAAAUCCUCGUGAUACGUAACUAAUGUAACACCAGUCUUUCAAUAAUAUGUAGUUCAUUCAACUGUUUAGUGCCUAAGAAUAUUGUUUUUCCCUGUUUACUCAGAAACCUUGUCAUAUUGCAAUCUUCCAAACUGAAAGAUACUCUUUGGUCUUGUUACCAACUUGUUCCUGUUGAAAAAUAACAUUCACAUUCAACC